UCUUGGAAAAUCUAUUAACCAAGUUAUAUGUUGGACACAUAAUGAGGACAAUAAGGCCAUGAUUAGGAUUACCAAAUAAAUUAAUACACAUUACUACUACAUUGUCAUAAUUCUUAAACGCCUUUGUUCCCAGGCCGUCGUCCACACGCGAUGUUCCCCUCGCCGCUUCUGCACGGUGACGCAAAGGCUGAACGACGCCCAGCGCGCCGCCGUGGCGGAGAUGGGAUUCGCCAGCCUACUCCGCUUGGAAUCGCACCAGCUCAUGCGCACCCUAUCGCUCUGGCUGGUAGAGCGGUUCGACCCCCACCGCCGCCGCCUCGACUUGGGGGAGCGCGGCAUCAUUCCCAUCAGCCCCUACGACGUGGGGCUGGUGCUGGGCAUUCCGGUGGGCGGCGACGACGUGCCCAUCAACGGCCGCGACUCGGACGUCCGCAGCAUACGAGUCGAGUUCUCCUCCAACCACGGGAUCGACGUUUCGACGUUGGAGGUGAAGCUGGCGGAGAGGGACGCCGGACCCUCCUUCAAACGCGCGUUUUUGCUGUUUGCGUUGGGAACCCUGCUGUGCCCCACGCGGGGACUGAAAGUGAGCCCGCGGUUCCUGCACGCGGUGUACCACAUCGAGCAAGUCCACAGGUACAACUGGGCGGGGCUCGUGCUGAAUUGCCUCGCCAACGCGAUCACCGUGUUCAAGUCUGCCGGCGAAGAGCACACCCGCGACGGGCUUGGCGGUUGCCUUCUGUUCCUCUAUAUGUUCUAUCUUGAUCGGAUUGACUCUGGGAGAGCGCCCCCGCGGCAUAUCUUGCCGCGAGUUGCAGCGUGGACGGCCGGAGACUUGAGCGCUGCCGCUGAGGUCGAUCGGCAAGGGACUGGUGUUUACGGUGCAUGUCCGGUUAUACUGGUGACAAGGAGCGAACCCACGCCCACACUUGUGCAGGAGACACCCCACUGGGAUGACUUGGUUCGCGGAAUGGGCAUAGAUCCGUUUGGGGUGCCAGUGGCGGACUACAUAGACGAGUUCAGGCAGGUGGUGGCACAGGCAGCAUAUCGAUUGUCACAGCAAGUGAUCCACAAAGCUAUGAACAGAGGGUACCCCUACAUCAGCCCCGCCGGCCGCGUCCCUUACAACCCCUGCAACCCUCCGGACCAAACCACCGCCACCCCCGGCGCCCACCCCGCGAACGUCGUCCCUCCUCCCCACGACGACCCCUCCGCCCCAACCACCUCCUCCCACUCCUCCCAGACUUCCAUGCAGGAGGACCUCAACACCUCCUCCAUCGCCUACCUCCACCGCCGCCGCCAUCAACACUUCAAACGCCCCGCCAUUCAAAUCGCCCUCAAUUCCAACAAUGCCAGCGCCAUCGAUUCCGCCACCAUCGACGUCGACGCCUCCUCCACCGCCCGAACUCUCACCAUCGGAGCUCCCAUUGACGUCAACAGCAUCAAUCCCAAUAUCGCCGCCAAUCCAAAUGCUAAUGCAAAUGGAAUUGCCCAAUUUGCUGAUCCGACAGCUGCGCAUGAUCCCGUGUCGCCGCCAAAUCCCAUCCCGCUGCAUACGGCGUUGAUGAUGGUCCCCAAUAAUGCUUCUCGGCGACCGAGACACCGUGCCCGGUAACCUGAUCAGUGGCUGCCGACCGGUGACGUGUUCGUAUGUGCUCGAUGUUUUUUCUUUUUUCUUUUUUUUCCAUUUAAUGUUUGCAGCAGAUAAUACUGUAUGAUCAGAGUUAGGUUGUCACAGACGCGUUUGCGCCAAGUGUGCGAACAUAGUCUCAUCAUAGAAUUAAACAUUUUGCAUUUCGUUCUGAUGAUAUUGCAGAUUUGAUCUGAUCAUAGGGAUCUUUCAUAUAUUUGAUGCAUUUAAUUUUAGUCA